UUGUUCCCUUCGAUCCUCAGCGUCAGCUGCCCCACACUAGAGCUAAAAAAGAAGAGAUCCCUACUCCACCCGCGCUGACUCUUUUUGAAAGAAUGCUGGAUGGCCAUACGAAUCCUUGCGACAAGUAGAUUGAUUAGUGGGCCACGGUGUCGUAUUAAGAUCAUCAUCAUAGUUCUAGUUGAUUUCUAACUACUUGUGUUGCUUUCCAGAUCCGGCCCCAAAUGACUACUUCUCGCAGUGAAGACUUCUCUGAUCGAAACGUGGGUCCGGUAAGUUCUUGGACGCCGUCCCCGAGAGACGAGGAGUCACGAGAGGACGCAGACCACGAUACCAGCCCGUCCGGCGUUUUUGACAUUAUGGCCUUGCCCUUCGCCUCCCUGGCUCGAUUGUUCAGCCGCGGCAUCUACAAAACCGGGCUUUUCGGCCGAAGACUGCGCGUGUACGCCGUUGCCUGGUACGUGAAACGGCAGUACACGAACGCGGAAGAGGAGUCCAAGAAGUUCGAAGACUACAGCCCGGAGCAUAUCGUAUUGAAAAAUGUCCCCACACCAUAGUUGUACUUGUAAUGCAAGUCUGCAUGCUGAAAAGGUUUCUAAUGCGGCGCCCCAUGAGAAGCAUUUUCUAGUCGUGUUGUGGAGUUUGUCAUGCUCCAAGCAGCAUGAUAUACUAGAUCUGUGAUGCUACUGAACUACGUCAAACAGCACUACGCUACGAGUCCAAAUUUGUCAUGCAAAACAGCCAAAGCUUGUGGAUUUGUCUAGCCGAUUCCCCAUCUUGACUAUGGGUGUGGGGACGUUUUUACAUAGGAUAGAGCAGAACGCGAUCUGGGAAGACGUGCACACGCGCUGUGCCACGCUGGUGUACGAGCAGAUGAUCAAGCUCGAGGGGCUGUGGGUGAAACUGGGGCAGAUGAUGAGCACGCGGGCGGACGUGCUCCCGCUCCCCUGGAUCCGGGUGCUGAAAAAUCUGCAGGACUCAUUACCACCGAAGCCCUACUCGGAAGUGGAGGAAACGCUCCGCGCCGCUUUCCCGCACCAGUGGCCGUUUCGGUCUAUAACGGAAAAACCGCUCGCGACGGCCAGCAUCGCGCAGGUGCACACCGCGGUUCUGCUCAACUUCCAGAAAGUCGUCGUCAAGGUGCAGCACCAAAACAUCGAGGCAGUGAUCGAGCAGGAUCUGGAUAACGCGAAAUACCUCGUGGAGUCGCUGGCCGAGGAGAAGCCCCAGUACGAUUUUCGCGUUCUGUAUGAGGAGUGGGCGGCAGAAACGCGGAAAGAAGUGGACUUCUACCAGGAAGCGGUGAACACCGAGACGGUCGGCCGGAACCUCCAGAACAGCAAAGUCGCGCACUUGACCGGCGUGCCGGAAGUCAUUCGCAGAUUCUCGGUGCCGAGGAAACACUUGGUCGGGCUAGAAGGCUUUCUCGACAACGGCGCGGCCGGUCUGACGCAGCAGCAGUGGAGAAGAAGGAGGAAAUCUACGACGACCUCCUCCUGCUUUGGUCCGGGUCCGCGGGCCGUGGUGUCUUCCACAUUUUCAAGGGAUGUCUUGAAGGUGAGACGGUCGAGUAAAAUAACAUCCUCGUCGUCCUUAAUAUCCAAUGGAGGUGGAGCUGGUCAUGAUGCCAGGAGAAGCUCGCGGACCAGUGCGGCGUCCAGCUAUGCCACUGCACUGGACGAAGACACAACAACUACACAAACACCCGCCACCACGUCGUCCUCUUCGGCGGCGUCCUCGCGCACAACGUCCGGCGACGCGGAGGUGCAGCUUGACGACUUCCUACGCGGAGUACAGGACGAGACUGACAUCUCAACACAACAACAGCACGAAGAAGAGGACCACAUUGUUGAAAUCUCAACCGAACCCACGCGAUCCGUGAUCCUCCUCGAAUACAUUGAGGGCGUCAAGCCGACGGAGAAAGAGACGCUGGAAGUAUCAAAUGCAAAUAUGUCUCGGUCUGGAAGCUUGUAAUGCUGCGUUGGGAAUAGUGCAUGCUCUGUAAUGCACAGCCAAGCAUGAGAAAUAUCUGCGCUUCUGUGUGUUGCGUUUUUCGCAUAACAAACUGCGUCUUUGCAUGACAGGCAAAAGGGUCUCUUCUUGGACACGAAUCACAAACUUUUUGGUCAUGCCAGACAAGCAUGACAAAUUUCGCAAUCCCAAUCUUCCAGUCCCAGACAAUUUUGCAUUUGAUACGAAGCCUGGAACGUGGACUGUCACAAGCUCGUGGAAGACAUUUCGGCGGCGUUCGCGCAGCAAAUCUUUGUCGACGGAAUUUUCAACGGCGACCCGCACCCGGGAAACCUGCUCGUGGAAAAGGGAACGAAAAAACCGAUUCUGCUGGAUUUCGGAUUGGUAAAACGCGUUUCCCCCGAGCACCGGCGCGCGUUUUGCAAGCUUUUGGUCUCCGCCCACGAAAUGGACCUGAGCGGGAUCAUUUGUGCACUCGGGGAGCUUGGCGUCGGCCACGAAUCCUCUCUCGCAAAGCCCGGCCGCGCCUUGAAAUUUGUGCGGUUUGCCUUCCGCGACGCCGAGCCUGGCCAGACGUGGAACGACCAGAAAAAGAAGUGGAAGCCGGAGGAAGAAAAAAAGGACGAGAACGGCGAGGUCAUCAUCGAGGACGAGGAAGAGAUUUCAGACUUGGAAGAACCUGAACAGGUCCGAUCGUCUCCUUGUGUUGUUGCCGGUGUUGAAGAUCUUCGUUCCAAGGACGCAACCGAUUUCUUGUGCACGAUUGAAGGUAAUGGGGGUGAUACAAGCAAAAAUGGCAAGUCGUCCAAGACAGCUGCUGUACUGGAGAAGAAAAAAGCUGCCCCCGAUCCCGAUGCUGGUAAAAAUACGAAAGAGAAGAAAGAAGAAAAUGCGGCUGAAAAGAAAAAGAUCUCUGACGAAGCCAUGGCGUCCGCAGGCAGUGUGAUUUUCCUUCUCCGCGUCAUCGCCUGUCUUCGCGGGAUAGCGGUCUCUCUCGGAAUCGGCCACAGCUACCUGAAGAGCAUGGCGCCCUACGCUAAAGCAGCCCUUCGCGCACACGCAGAUAGUGUGAUGCUGCAGAGCCUGCCACUUGGUCACGUGCAGCAGGAGAAGUUCUUGCAGAGGCAAAUUCUGACCCAAGGAACAAGCAUACUCUCGAAGAUGAACACGACGACGACGACGACCACUCGAAUUAUAGAUAACGAUUUGGGAAAAAUUAUGUCAGUUGACAAAGCAACAAGUCUGCAGGCCUGUGUGUCCGAAUUGAACAAAAAGCUAGAAGAGCUCUACCAGCGGGGCGUGAUCUGCGGCGUGCAGGUGUGCGUUUUUGAAAAUGGGAGGAAGUUGAUCGAUAUCAAAUGUAAAAAUGUCUGGGUCUGGAAGAAUGCAACUUGUCAUGCUAAAUCUGAAGCAUGCAAAAAUCUGUGUUGCAUGAUUACCAAAAGUCGUCCAGUUUUGACCAAGUCGAGAGGGAGUUUCUCAUGCAGGAUAGGCAUGAGAGAGGUCGCACAGAAUCUGUCAUGCUAGGUCCUGCAUUCCAGACCUCAUGGGUCAUGGAAAAGCUGCAUGACAGAUCGCGCAUUCUUCCAGACCCAGACACUUUUACAUUUGAUAAUCGACGUGGCGUGCGGAGAGAAGAGCUCCACGGACACGGACUUGAUCUCACCGAGCUCCGUCAUCAAUUCUUUUUCCUGCUCCAAAAUUCUUCCCGUGCUCUUGGUGCACAUCUUUGUCGACAAGGGCUGGAUACGCUCUCUGAGCGACCGGGUCUCCGAGUACUGGCCCAGUUUCGCGAGAAACGGCAAACAAAACCUGACGAUCCGCGACGUGCUGGAGCACCGGUCUGGGCUCUCGCAAGCCAUGCCCUCCAAGUUCGCGCACAUGAAGCAGGGGCAACCGCUGCGUGCGAUGUGUGAUUUUCAGCUGAUGAAGAGGUGGAUUGCAUCUGCUUGUCCGGAUAAACAACAGUUGGGCAACGAGCACUACCACGCUAUCACCUACGGAUGGCUCAUUGCAGGCUUGUGCGAAGAAGUGUACAACAGUCAAGUUGUCGCAAAACAAGCAUCAAUGGCUACAACUCAAAGAGAACCGCAAGGCAAUAAGAGCCGAGGUUCGUCUUCUGGUCGGCAAGCGUUUAAGACCUAUGACGAGCUGGUGAAAAUUUUCAUUCUCGAGCCACUUGGGUUAGUAUCCAGGUCCUCCGAAGAUGAAAACUCGUCCGAGGUGUUUGUUCACUUGCCAAAGGAGGCCGCCGUUCCGCCGUCGAAGGCUAGCUCGCAAAACGAAUCGUCCUGGGACGCCGGUAUUAAAAAGGAGUCGAAACAGCGGCGACCAAUCGACAUCGCCAGCAUCGGUGUGGACCCGACGCUCCUUGCCAUGACAGCAGCGCUCGGUGGCGAUUUGUUUGGCUCGCUUUCCGGCGGAGAUGGAGACGAGAAGGCGAAAGUAGAUGAAAACAAGCAAAAUCAAAAAGCAUCAACAAGCUCGACUACGACUGCAACGACCCCUGUCGCUGCUCCACACGACCCUCGUCCUGCAGCUGGUGCCAGCAGCGGCGAGGGCGAGAGCCCCACAAGGAGCACCACUGCAGAGGCAGCUAGACCUGCGGCGGCUGCAGGAGCACCUCCAAGAUUCUCCGGUGGUUUUCAGCAAGGCAUGUGGAUGGACCCUCGGGCUUUCAACGACCCCUCCGUCCGUCAAGCCAUCGUCCCUGCAGCAAACACGCACUUCUCCGCGCGGGCGCUCGCGGCCGUAUACAAUGCCAUGCUCCCCGUAGUGGACGUCGAGGGCGAGGAAAAUAAACAAAAAGAGCAGGAAAGCGGGCGCAUCAUUAGCACGGCAUACCUUGAAAAACUCUACAGCGCUCUCGGAGACGAGCCAACCGACGAGUCGCCGAGCCCAGGGACUGCGGAAAGCGCCUUAAAAGCCGCGAGAAAGAGAGGGUCGAUAUUGGGUUCGACAGUAGUUGGCCUCGCUCAGUUUUUGACAUCGUCCACAAAACAAAAAUCGGUCAAAAGCGGUAAAAACAACAACGCAAAUGAAUUUUUGACGAGCAGCAGAAAAAGCAGCUUCGCCACAUCUGCAGAGGUCGUGGACGAGGACAAGUCAAGUGCGAAUUCUGAAGAAGGUUUCACUUCGGGAGGAGGUCUUGAACAGCAGCGCCGCCCGGCCGGUGAUGUGUAUCCCCUUGGGUUGCGCAGACUUUCUCCGCAAACAACAAUCGAGAAUCAAGAAAGGAAGAAGCAGAAGCUCAUUUUUGGCUACCCCGGCCUGUUCAGCAACGUCGCCGUGUGUUGUCCCCAGGACCGUGUCUGUAUCGCCAUUUUGGUGAACCAGAUCGAUUUGCAGGGGGCCGCAAGUCAAGAAAUUCUGCGGCUUCUGGCAACUCGGUUCCCAGCGGCCGCGUGUGGACGAGGAUAAGACUUUAUGUCUCUUUUUCGUAAAACUACGUACGCCUGCCUGGAUGGACUGCUUCCAGGUUUUUCGCGUGAAGAUGAUUUUUCUGUGCAGGAAGUUAUCAGUUGAGGACAACAUAGUCGAAAGGCGUAUGAAACGUCGUGUGAAGAUCGUGUACAUUCUCAUGCCUAGCGACAUGAAAGUAAGUCCACCAUCAAGGUGAGACCAAUAAAAUGAGCAGUUUGGGCUUGAAGAAGCUGUCUCCAACCAAUUUUCGAAAGCGGAAUCCCCUGGUGACAGAU